AUCAUUCGAUUUUCUGAUUUUGCAACGAAGACGUCGCUUCGCUUGUGCUAGCUGAACCGCUGGAUAUAUCUUUGCUCAUAUAUAGAAAUCGCGUGUGUUGCGGCCACAACUGCUAAACCGGUAAACAGUUGGAUUUUGGUCUCGCGUCUUGUGUGUUCAGCUCACGGAUAAAUUCGCGUUUUAGUGUGUGCAACAUGCGCAUUUUAUUGCCUUUGCUGGCGCUGCUCGCCUUGGGCAGCGUCUCAGCGGAUGUCUCGCACUUGGAUACCGAUCUGCAGGAGGAUGGCUAUCACUACAAGCAGCCCUCGCUGCCCUUCCCACCACCGCCCUCUGGCAAUGGCAUUGAGGAUAACGGGCUAAUACCCGCUCCCAUGCCCACGGCGCCGCAACCUUCGUAUGGCCCGCCUCAGACGCAGCCACCACAGCCACUGCCUACAGCUCCAGCGCCUUCUUAUGGCCCACCGCAGACGCAGCCACCGCGUCCACCACCACAGCCAAUUCCAACAGCACCUGCGCCAUCUUAUGGCCCGCCUCAGACGCAGCCUCCACGUCCGCCUCCACAGCCGCUGCCUACAGCGCCUGCGCCCUCUUAUGGACCACCUCAGACGCAGCCACCGCGUCCAACACCUGCCGGCCCGGAGUACUUGCCGCCUGAUCAACCGCAACCACCCAAGCCACGCCCUACGCCUCAAAGGCCGACGCCACCAGCACCACAGCCAACACCAACUUAUGGUCCACCACCUACGCAGCCUCAGCCUCCUAGUCCACGCCCACCAGCACCACAGCCAUCUUAUGGCCCGCCGCCCACUCAGCCACAACCGCCUAGUCCACGCCCAACUCAACCACAGCCAUCUUAUGGUCCACCACCUACGCAGCCACAGCCCCCAAGCCCCCGCCCACCAGCACCACAACCUUCUUAUGGUCCACCGCCCACGCAGCCGCAACCUCAGCCACCAGCACCACGCCCAACGCAGCCCGCACCGGAGUACUUGCCUCCCUCUGGACCACCACCAGCUCCUACUUAUCAGCCACGCCCACCAGCUCCACCUGCACCACCAACUUAUCAGCCACCCGCACCUCCUGCGCCGCCUACUUAUCAGCCACGCCCUCCAGCGCCACCUGCACCACCCACCUAUCAGCCACCUGCACCUCCUGCUCCACCAACUUACCAGCCACGCCCUCCAGCGCCUCCUGCACCACCAACCUAUCAGCCACCCGCACCUCCUGCACCAACUCCUGGCUACGGACCUCCGCCAGCGCCCAUUCCAACGGACGCCGGCUCGCUGGGUCCCGAUGGUUACAACUACAAUAAGCCCGCCAGACCCUUUACCUUCUAGACGGAGCAACGUGGGCGCAACCGUAGUGCUGCCUUUCUUAGUAAUACCUUAGCCUAAAGUAUUUCCCCCAAGCCGCUUACAGAGAAGUUCUCUUUUGUAAAUCGAAAUAUUCAACAAUAAAGCAACAAACAGCAAUUAGUAGUCAAAA